CUAAUUUGCAAUGGCUAGUGGCAUUGAGUUGCUGGUGGCGGCAGCAUUAUGUUUGGCCUGUCCACCGUUGAACGACACCAUGCCAGAGGGCCUAAUCGAGUUGAAUCCAGACGGCAGCUUGGUCACUGAGACGCCUUUGGAGGUGGAGGCAGAGGAUGUGGGUCUGGCAGAGCGAGCGCCAGUGGAAACGCUUGAGGUGCUGCGCAACAAAAAGGAGAAACUGCGAAAUAUGAAGCAAUGGAUUAAUGGCAAACAUCUGAGGAUUGCAACGCUUGAGGAUUAUCCCUUGAGCUACACCGAAGUGCUGGAGAAUGGCACAAGAAUUGGACAAGGAGUUUCGUUUCAGAUUAUUGAAUUUCUGCAAAAGAAAUUUAACUUUACAUACGAUGUUGUGGUGCCCCAGGAUAACAUCAUUGGCUCCACAACGGACUUGGAUCGCAGUCUGAUUGAGAUGGUCAACAAUAGUAAUGUAGAUCUCGCUGCUGCUUUUAUACCUUCGCUCUCGGAGCAACGCACCUUUGUCUUCUACUCGACGACCACAUUGGAUGAGGGCGAAUGGAUUAUGGUGAUGCAGCGACCCAGGGAAUCGGCCAGUGGCUCUGGCUUGUUGGCGCCCUUUGAGUUUUGGGUCUGGAUACUCAUCUUUGUCUCACUGCUGGCCGUGGGUCCCAUUAUCUAUAUGCUGAUCAUCAUACGCAAUCGCCUCACUGGGGAUGCAGUGCAGCAACCAUAUUCCCUGGGUCACUGUGCAUGGUUCGUUUAUGGCGCUCUCAUGAAACAGGGCAGCACUCUCUCUCCGAUUGCAGAUUCGACACGCCUGCUUUUCGCCACUUGGUGGAUAUUUAUCACAAUUCUCACAUCGUUCUAUACGGCCAAUUUGACCGCUUUCCUCACCCUCUCCAAGUUCACGUUGCCCUACAACACCGUCAACGAUAUCCUCUCAAAGAAUAAACACUUUGUCUCACUGCGAGGCGGAGGCGUCGAGUAUGCCAUACGUACGACCAACGAAUCUUUGAACAUGUUAAACCGCAUGAUCUACAACAAUUAUGCUGUCUUUACGGAUGCCUCCAACGACACGUAUAAUCUACAAAACUACGUAGAACGCAAUGGAUAUGUGUUUGUGCGAGAUCGUCCAGCAAUAAAUAUCAUGCUCUAUAGGGAUUACUUGUACCGGAAGUCGGUCAGCUUCAACGAUGAGAAGAUUCAUUGUCCCUUUGCCAUGGCCAAGGAACCAUUCCUAAAGAAGAAACGCACUUUUGCGUAUCCCAUAGGCUCCAACCUAAGCGAACUCUUCGAUCCCGAAUUACUCAAUCUUGUGGAGUCUGGCAUUAUUAAGCAUUUGUCGGCCAGGGAAUUGCCCAGUGCCGAGAUCUGUCCACAAGAUCUGGGCAGCACAGAGCGACAGCUGAGGAACGGCGAUCUAAUGAUGACGUAUUACAUAAUGCUAACAGGAUUUGCCACUGCACUUGCGGUGUUCACCACGGAGUUGCUGUUCCGCUAUAUAAAUGGCAGACGCGAGGCAAAUCAAUGGGCGAGACACGGAGUUGGACGUACCACCAAUGGCCAGUCGAUAAUGCCAUCACGCUGGCUACGCGGCUUGCGACGCUUGAACAGUGGAGAGGGACAGCUGCUGGGCACGUCCACACAUGGUCAGAAUGUAACUCCACCGCCACCAUAUCAAAGCAUCUUCAGUCAUGGCGGUGGAGGCGGCGCCGAGCAGCGUUGGCGUCGUGCCUUGGAUGCCAAUAGACAUGGUCUCAUCCUUGGUGGCGAGCAGAAUGCUCCAGGAGUGCGACGUCUGAUCAAUGGUAGAGAUUAUAUCGUGUUUCGCAAUUCGAAUGGUCAGAGCCAGUUGAUACCAGUGCGAUCUCCAUCAGCUGCGCUAUUUCAAUAUACUUACACAGAGUAGAAUUAGAAUUAAUUACUGGUUUUAUCACUUUUAUAACACACACGAACACAAGGCACACGACGUAGACAAAGAUCCAGUGCG